CUAUAUAUCCCAAAAUCCUAACCCCAAUUUGAGAAGUCUCUAUCGGCCGGAGACGUAGAAGAUGAUGAAAGCCACGAUGGUCCAACGAGCGGUGGAAGGCCUAACGUUGUUGGUGGCUAGGAUAUUGAACACCAUCGUGGUGCUCGUGAAGAAGACGCACAUCAGCACGACGUCGGCGUCGUUGCCGUCGGUGCCAUCGUGCUGGUCGUCGUCCUCGUCGGAGGAGGAGGAGGAUGAUGAUAAUGGGUACGGUCUGAGCUGGAGGUUAGCUGUGGAAGCAAACAAUGUGGGUCCAUGGCGAACAGUUCCGACGAGAUGUUACAGACACGUGCAGAGUUACAUCAUGGGAGGACAGUACCAGAAUGAUGUCCAACUCAUCGCCGACCAAAUUCUGUCUUAUGCCCUCCACAUCCCUCUCUCCUCCGACGGCCUCGACGCCUGGGUUUUCGACGUCGACGAUACCUGUAUCUCUAACAUCAACUACUACAAAGCUCAGGGAUUUGGGUGCGAUCCAUUUGAUUCAGGGAAGUUCAAGGAGUGGAUAAUGAAGGGAUCAUGCCCAGCAAUCCCAUCGAUAUUGGGAGUGUUCAAGAAGCUCAUAGAGAGAGGCUUCAAAGUGUUCUUACUUACCGGUAGAGACCAAGCCACUCUUGGCCAUAUCACUAUUCUCAACUUACAUUCCCAAGGCUUCAUUGGCUACCAUCGUCUCAUUUUGAGGCGAGGGGAGUACAAAGGCGAAAGCGCGUCAAAGUACAAGUCGGAGAAGAGGAAGGAGAUAGAAGCAGAAGGAUACAGAAUAUGGGGCAAUGUGGGAGAUCAGUGGAGUGAUCUUCAAGGCUACUCUCAGGGGAAACGUAGUUUCAAGCUUCCUAAUCCUAUGUAUUUCAUCCGCUAAUUGAAUAUUAAUUUCCAUUACCCUGCUCUAAUUAAUCUUUAAUUAGCUAUAUAUGUCAAUUAAUAACACAACUUCGUCAAUUGUUAGCUACCAUUAGUUAGCUGGCCGCCUGGUUUAAUUUGUCUUAAUUUGUACCCCCUAACUAGUAUUAAUUGGUCUCCCAUUGUUGAAUGCCAAUUAAGUAACAUAUGCACUCACAUCAUAAUUAAUUACAAAUUGUGAUGCCAAUAUAAUUUUAAUGCCUUCGAAUGAGCUAGGCUGCUUAAUUUGA